UGUCAGUAGCUCGCCAGCCUUGGUCCACGACGGUUCGUUUCGUGCCUUUUUCUUUGAAAACUCUCGUUCUUUCUUUUCUUCAUCCGUCCGUCCCACCCCAAAUGUUUCACUGUCGUGUUGCCAUCGCUCUCUUCUUUAUUAACCAGUUGCCCGUAUUCAUCUGGAAAAAGAAGAAAAAGAGUCAGUGUUCUCUUUGAUUGUAUUAACUAGUUCACACAUUUGGGAUGUGAGUUGUCCAGCAGCAGCGCGGACUCGUCGCGUAAUCAGAACGGCAGUGUUGUUUUUUUUUUCUUUCCGUGUUCUUUCGCCGCGGGACGCACAUGUCAGACGCGUGUGUUCGUUGAUCUUCUUUCUUCUCCCCGGGUCGGUGUGAGAAACGACGGCCGUGAGCUCAGCGCCGGUCCGAUACACAACAUAAAAAAAAAAAAGGAAAAAAUGUUAACUUCGUUGAAGAAUUCCCUGUCCAGCUAUUUUAGCACGAGCAAACCACCCCGGCCACCCAAACGAUCAUCUCCAGGCUCGACCAUCAUCAGCCAGAGGCAGACGUCCAUUAGCGCGCGGACGAAAGAAAUUCGGCUGGUUCGCGAUGUCGGCGGUAGCGGCGAUGGUUACGGCAUUACGUUGCGCAGCAGCAGCAGCGCCACAGGCGGAGGCGAGUCCAACACGAAAAACGGACGCUCGUUUAUCAUCACCUACGUCAAGCCAAACAGCCCGGCUGAUAGGGACGGAACUAUUCAAAUAGGAGACCGCGUCCUAUCCGUCAACGGACGAGAGCUGGCCGGAUGCAGUUUAAUUCAAGCGCAAAAAUGGAUACGAGAGACGGACAAGUUGUCGGCCAUCAUCGAGUACGACGUCGCUCUGGUGGACAGGAGCCAGUACGCCCACAGUCCGUUACUGGUCGAAGUGGAGAAAUCACCUGGGGCGCUGCUGGGCAUCAAUUUGGCAGCCGAAAAUGCAACGAAAACUAAUAACCAGCGAGCUGUUGUCAUCGAGUCCAUCACAAGCGCAUCCAUCGCCGAAAGGUGUGGCGCUCUGCAUCCAGGUGAUCAAAUCUUAGCCGUGGGGGACGUUCGAUUCGAUGGAUCUGCUGGCGUGGACGUGCAGGAAGUAACGCGAUUGCUGCGCACCAAUUACAAUGGCGACGUUGUCAAACUGAUUGUCGCUCCGGCCGGAAUGUUGCAGCGGAGAAACGGAGAGCAAGGAAGCCGGAGGGGUUUGUUGCUGCCACCUCCCAGCCCGAGGCCUUCGCAGUGCGGCACGAUCCGCAGUCGCAUGAGCAGCCGAACCAAAUCGCGAUCCGGCAUCCAGCGGAUGGAAAGCUGUUCGACACGAUUAGAAACCGCCUCGGUGGCUUCGUCCGGACAAUCGGGAUCGAGCAAAGGCUCUUGUUCGUUGGGCAGCCCUUCCACCAGUCACGGCCGCGUGAUGCUCAGCCAUCCGGAAUGGGUCACUGUCACCCUGCAGAUCGAUUGUCGGGGCAGUUACGGACUUGCCUUGGGACGGGCGCCCGAUCACGAAGCACCCGUCGUCAUUAACGUCGAAUCCAGUAGCCCGUGCGACAGGGCCGGAUGCAUCCAGCCUGGCGAUCGAAUCCUGCGCAUCAACCAACAGAGCACGGCCGGAAUGAAUUUAGACGAAGUUGUCGAACUCAUGAGAGAUUCUAAACCGCGGAUGACGCUCGAUGUCGAAUUCGAUGUGGCGGAUUCCGUCGUUCCGGCCACCGGUGUCUACUGGCUCAAACUGAUCAAACCGUCCGGCUCUUCGUCCACGUUCGGCAUCAGUCUCCAAGAUGAUGCCAAAGUGCAGAGAGGCAGCGAUGGAAGUUUAGUGGUCAGCGUCGUCUUGGCCGGAUCGGUUGCCCAUCGGACGGGCUCCGUCCAAGCUGGCGAUCGAUUAUUGGCCAUCAAUAACAGCCGCGUUGAAAUGCUAAGCAUCGACGAAGCUCUGUCCAUUCUGCAAAGUGAACACGUCAUCAGACUGAAAUUGCAUAAAAACCAACAGUCGGUCGAUGAAUUGCCGGAACAAGCGCCCGUCGUUUACACCGUCGAGCUCGUCCGGCACGGUGGACCUUUAGGGAUAACCAUCUCUGGAACUGAAAGUCCCGACGACCCCAUCACCAUCUCCGGAUUGACAGAAGGAGGUCUGGCUGAAAGAACCGGAGCGCUUCAUCCGGGCGAUCGGCUCUUGGCCAUCAACGGCCGUUCACUUCAAGGCAAACUCUUGUCGGAGGCCAUUGAAAUUCUACAGAAUUCCGGCGACAUCGUAACGCUUAAAAUCGGCAAAUCAAGUGCGAAAGUGCACAACAGUGGAGAGCUGCAAAGAGAAGAUUACUUGCCUCUGAAAUUGCCACCGUUGCCAUCGAUCGAUAGCGCAGUAGAAUCUUGGGUCAGCGGAGCCUCUAAUCGAGCGUGCAACAACAAUAACAACAAUGAUUCCACGCCGAUUUACACGGCCGAGAGCGCCACGGUGAGACGGAGGCAAAAUAACAAUCGAGAACAAAGCUGGGAUAUGUUGAGUUCUCCCAGCGUCGAUAGCGGUCAAUUCGAGGUCCAGUGUAAUGUAAUCGUCGACGGCCCUGUGCCCAGCCCAGCCAACUCAGCUUCUGGGUCGUCACCGGGUCAGCCAGGCAACGACGCGGAAACGGCCGAACCCGUCAUCCGCAUGAGCGAUUUGGCGCUCGUCCAGCGCUGCAGCACUGUGCCCCGCAACUACCGCAAAAUCAGUCAUCCGCAACGGCCGGAUGCAGACAGCUGUAGCAACACUUCGCGAGCUUCUCCUAUCUACUGCCUUGCGCCGGCCUUCCCCGGUUCUCAAUUACCGUCCAAUUUGGAAAUCCAUCAAGUAACGCUGCACAAGGAUUCGGUGUACGAAGAUUUCGGGUUCAGCGUCUCCGACGGCUUGUACGAGAGGGGAAUUUACAUCAACCGCAUCCGGAAAGGAGGGCCAGCUGAUCUGUCUGGUCUACUUCAAGCUUUUGACAGGAUUCUUCAAGUUAAUGAUACUCGAACGUACGAUUUCGAUUGCUGUUUGACCGUGCCGUUGAUCGCUGCUGCGGGGGACGCCAUCACGAUGGUAGUCGGCCGCAAUCCGCACUCCAUCCACAUGGAUCUGAAGGACAAUGCUGUUAGCGGCCUUAACUGGGACGAAGACGAGGAUGGAGUCAUUCCGGCCGAUGCGGAUGAUGUUGCUGCGUCUUCUGCGUUUGUCGGUGUCCGAACCAUAACGACGACUCUUUGAAAGCAAGGCUGUUUGAAAUACAAAACAUUAAGACAUUCAAAUUAAAGAAACAAUUAUGACACGAGGGAAAAUGAAAAGCAAACCGAUACCAAACCAAAUGGACUGGACCUGAUUUUUAAUCGUAUGUAAAUGUAUAUCGCCCUGUAUGAUCCAUAACGUAUAUGUAUACACAACACAACAUAAACAUAUAGACACACUUUGGCUCUUCCGGCUUAUGUACCAGACGAAAGUGUUGCUACCUCGUGCUUGUAAAACUAUGCCGUUUUUUUCUUUCUUAUCCUUCCAUAUUGCUUCCGCUGCGUUUUAAUUCAACCCUUUUGGCAAAUAAAAAGAAAAAAAAAAAAAAUCUGUGUAUGUGAAAUUACCCAAAUAUGUUAUCUAUUGUCACUUUGGUUUUCCUCUUUUUGGUCAUACAAGUAAUGGUUUUCUUUGAACAUGUGGUUUUUCAGUGUUUCGCUUUCAGUUGAUUACAAAAUAAAUGUUUAUGCGACUGCUCUAA